UAGCGGACACAAAAUUUUGAGGCUAUGGACAACAAAACUGGGGCUAUGGAUAAAAACUGGGGCGGGGCUAUUGGGCCUGUCCGUCUUAUAGUGGAUACUCUAAUGGUGAUCCGAACCCUAAUCACCAGAAAUCCGGCUGCUCCUCUCGCCUCACGUGGCCUCCACACUUUCUCUCUGCCCAAUCUGCCCUACGAUUACGGCGAUCUGGAGCCCGCCAUCAGCGCCGAGAUCAUGCAGCUCCACCACCAGAAGCACCACCAAGCUUACAUCACCAAUUACAACAAGGCACUUGACCAGAUCCAAGCAGCCGCCGAUGCCCCCACCGUUGUCAAGCUUCAGAGCGCUAUCAAAUUCAAUGGAGGAGGUCAUGUUAAUCACUCGAUUUUCUGGACGAAUCUUGCUCCUGUUCGUGCUGGUGGCGGCGAGCCUCCUCGUGGUCCUUUGCGUUGGGCCAUCGAUAACAAUUUUGGAUCUUUUGAAGCUCUAAUACAAAAGAUGAGUGCAGAAGGUGCUGCUGUUCAGGGUUCGGGGUGGGUGUGGCUUGGUUUGGACAUAGAAUUCAAGCGCCUGGUCUUAGAGACCACCGGAAAUCAGGAUCCACUUGUUAGUAAAGGAGCUAGUUUGGUCCCUCUGCUUGGUAUUGAUGUCUGGGAACAUGCAUACUAUUUGCAGUACCAGAACGUGAGGCCCGAUUACUUGGAGAAUAUAUGGAAAGUUGUAAACUGGAAAUAUGCAAGUUAAGUUUUCGAGAAAGAGAACCCCUAAUUGGUAAUUUCUGAGCUAUCGAAUUUGAGAGGAAUAGAUUUAGUCUGACCCUUUUUUUGUUAGUGCGAUGAUCGCUUGUUCCAGCACACUUUGACAUUGUAUAUUUUACGUUUCAACAAUGAUGUCUAUCACUCCCGAUUUUGGUUUAGGUCUAA